GAGUUCUUGGCUUCGACUCAGAAAACGUACGGUGCGGAGCUGGCCAGCGUGGACUUUCAGCACGCCUCUGAAGACGCCAGGAAAGCCAUUAACCAGUGGGUCAAAGGGCAGACGGAAGGGAAAAUUCCGGAACUGUUGGCUGCAGGUGUGGUGGAUAACAUGACUAAACUUGUGCUGGUGAAUGCCGUCUAUUUCAAGGGAAACUGGCAGGAGAAAUUCACGAAAGAGGCCACGGAAGAUACACCGUUCAGACUGAAUAAGAAAGACACAAAAACAGUGAAAAUGAUGUAUCAGAAGAAAAAAUUUCCAUACGGCUACAUCGAGGACCUUCGGUGCCGAGUGCUGGAGCUGCCCUACCAGGGCAAGGAGCUCAGCAUGCUCGUCCUGCUGCCCGACGACAUCGAGGACGAGUCCACGGGUCUGAAGAAG